GUUUUGAUAUCACGUCUUGGCCCUAUCUACGUGUAGUCUAUCCAGAGUCAUAUCAGAGUCAGAUCAGAGUCUGCCCUUACUCGAGUCUAUGGUCCCUUACCACUGCUGAGUCUUCUGGCUGCUUGAGGGUCGUCGAGCUUACCCCAUAACAGCAUUCGGCCACUCAUUUCCUCCUACACAUCCCAUCGUUUCUGCGCUGCCCCCAGCUUUCCGAGGAGACGCAUGUCGAAGCGCCUGUUGCUCCACGUGCACUUGACAGAAGCGUUUUUGCCUUUUUUUUCUUCUUUUCUUUUUUUUUUUUCUGUCCCUUUUUUUUCUCCUUCCCACUUUGCGACGGGGGGCCUUGCUAAGCCUACCCUAGCCACCCACCCACCCUCGUAUUGCCAGUGGGCGUUGUCCCCGUCUGACUUGCGCUUGCGGACGCGCACCCCGUGCCGAUGACCGCGACCCCAUUAUGGCCGCCGAAGAGGAACAGCCUUUGCCACCUCCCGGCGACGGCGACGACGGCGACGACGGUGAUGGCGACGAUGGCCGACGACCGGGCGAUUCCGAACAGCCCCCGCCGGCCAAGAAGAAGAGGACCCGGACCCGGACGGGCUGUCUCAACUGCCGCCGCAAAAAGCGCAAGUGCGACGAGGGUCGUCCUGCCUGUGGCGGGUGCUCGAGGCGGAAGGAGAGGUGCGAAUGGGGUAUCAAGGUCACCUUCCGCGCCGAGAACGCCCAAACAAUACGGCAAGACCACCCGUCAAUGAAGAAGGCCCGACGCCCGCCUCUGCGCCGCCAAUUUGAGAUUCUCGACAUCACUGACGAGGUCAUCCGCGACUACCACCUCCCUCCCGGCUUCCACGACUACGAUUCUGACCGAGAAAUGGAACUUGACCUGUCACCCCCCAGAGCCGAAGCCGAGGCUGCCUCUGGCCCCCAGCAUGAAAAGGACGAAGCCGGCUACUUCGACAGCCCCCUGUCCUACUCGACCUCCAUCGCCGGCUCCAGUACCGCCAGACGGACCUUGUCUUCGUCUGGCCCAAGUUCUGCACCCGCCGAAAGUGUGCAGACGUCGGCCUUUGCUGCUCUCUUGAGCCCUGAGGCCCGUCGAGAAGAUGAGUCUGCCAACAAGGUGCAUCCGUCGACUACUGAUCGUAUUGACUUCCGCGCCUCGCCAACCUCCGCUUCGCAGCUCAUCACCGAUAGCGCCGUGGCGAACCUCAUUUACCUUAGCCAAGGCGGCCGCUGCCAGGUGCCCCAUCAGCAUCCUACAUCCACAGUCCACUCCAUGCCACCCACGGCUUUGUCUAUGGACCAUUUGAUGGACCCGCCGUUUGAUUUCAUGGACCAGAUCUUCACCCCCGAAGGCUCCUACGAAGACGGCAUCUUCCUUCCGGGCUCAGCAUACCACGAGUUGCACUCGACGCUGAGAAACCAUCUAAUCCAAGAAGUCCGGUCCAAUGGCCCAACGAGGCACGCCUCGCCCGCUUCUGCUCACACCCCAAGGCGGAGAUCAGGCUCGGGCUUCAUUGAUGCCAGCUCGGGGCCGUCCUCGUCAGGAGAAGCAGCCGAAGCCGUCGACGACCUAUCUUCAGACCACGAACCCCCUUGCCUGCCACUGGAGGAGGAGUGCGCAUUGUGGAAGAACUGGGUGGACGAGAUCUCUCCUUGGUUGGACAAGUUUGACAACCAACGCCACUUUCAACAUUCUCUGCCUACGAUGGCUCGGUCCCACAACCACCUGCGAUAUUCCAUGCUGGCCCUGUCGGCCCGCCAGCUCGAGCUGAAGGAUAAAAACCGCCCAACAGACCAGAGUUUAGCGCUCUACCAGGAGGCUAUACACCUGCUCUUACCACAACUGCCGACCCGGACGACGGCCGUGGCCGCAUCUUGCGUUGUGCUCUGCGUGCUGGAAAUGGCCAGCUGCUCGCCAAAGGCGUGGCGAAGACAUUUGGACGGAUGCGCCAGCCUGAUGGAGGCCAUUGGCAUAAACGGCUUCGUCGGUGGCGUGGAACAGGCUCUGUUUUGGUGCUUCAUCCGAAUGGACGUGUGCGGCGGUCUCAUAUCGUCCGUCAAGACCUUGAUACCUGUCAAUCAUUGGGCGUCACGUGUCGACCUUGAAGCAGACGUUGCCUUGUUCCUCGCCAAUCCAGGCCACGAUAUGUGGGCGAAUUAUGCAGUCUAUCUUUGUGGCCAAGUUCUUGACCUCUUGGCUCCACUCGCCAAGGCAAAUCCGGGUGGGCUCUUCUUUGACGGCCCGAGGAACGACAUGAGGCAUCGGGUCAGAUGGAUGAAGCUUUGGAAAUAUGUUGAAGACUGGCACAGCCGCCGGCCGCCCGAGAUGCAGCACAUCAUGUCCAUACCCUCAUCCGACACGGUGCCGUUCCCCAAGAUCCUCUACAGCAACCCUGCCGCCAUAUCAGGGAACCAGCUAUACCACACGGCAUCUCUUCUCAUGCUGCAAAAUAGACCAGCCUCGCUGCGACUGUCGCCGAAGCCUCGUUCGGCGCUUUGGCACGCCAGACAGAUAUGCGGGAUAUCAAUGACCAACCACCAUCACGGGGCCUGGACCAACAGCAUCCAGCCCCUCUGGAUUGCGGGACGCUGCAUGAGCCACCCCGCAGAGCACCGAGCCAUACUAGAGCUGCUAGAAAAGAUCGAGAGGGAAAGCGGAUGGGGCACUAAGUGGAGGGCAGAUGACCUGAAGGACUUCUGGGGUGACUUGGGAGACGUUCCAGCCGCCGGGGAAGGCGUUGGCGCAAAGCGACCUCGACGUCAUGCGUCAAUAUUCCGCAUUGGGUCCAAUAUCGAAGCAAUGCCGACGGAUUCAUGAUGAUACCACCACGGAUUGUGACACUCCCCCACCUGGAGCGUGCGAUUCGACAGCGGACCCGCCGCCAUAACUCGGUAGCCGUCUCUCCACACUUUGCGGCAUGGACUCUGGGACCGACCCCACAAGCAUGGAGU